AACUGAAUUCCAGACCAACCCAACACGCAAUUAAUUCUCUCUCUCUUUUUUUUUUUUUGUGAAAUCAAUAUUUUCCCUAAAUAUCCGGUUUAUGUAACGGACUGUGUUCUUUUGAGAAAACCCGCGUUUACCGGCGAAUCGGCUCUUACUCUUUAGCCGGAGACGAGAUCUACAAUUUGGCGACUCUGCCUAAGAUAUAGCAAUUUCUGGGAGCUGCAGGAAGAAAUUUAUUUGGUCGACGGAGCUGGAAUCAGCUAUUCAUCCUUCUUCUCCAGAUCCCUCCCUAGUCGUUUCUUUUAGCAGCUCCUUCUCUCUCACCCGAGGUAGGUGUUAACCUAGAAAGGACGGUCUUUUAGAAGCUAUGGUUCUUGAUGGGAUUGUCUCAUCACCAUUACGGAGGCCACAUGCUCUAAAGAAGCAAUGGGAUGACUUGGGUAGCUGCUCUACUGUUGUUCAGAGGCAUCGCUUCCUUUUGACCGCUAUGCUUCUUUUGGCAUUCCUCUGCACCAUUUAUAUCUACUUUGCUGUCACACUAGGCGCUAGGCACUUGUCCUGUUCUGGGAUGACUGGCAAAGACAAGGCAAUGUGUCAACUGGGACACGUCCAAGCCACUUUCUCCAAAGGAAAACUGAAAUUCUUGUAGACUGUCAGCCUAAGCUGAACAUUUGUUUUCAUUUGUCUCUCUAUUGCAAUGUCUUUCUGUGUGACGGCCUAGAGAAUCUACUCUUACCUUAUUCUACUUGGAUUAUGUCCCAAGAUUCACAAUUAUUGUACAAAUAUGAAUCUUCUGUAAUCGAAUAUAUAUAUGCUAAAAGUUUUUGAGAA